GCCGGUCUCAUCCAACAAUCAGCGAAGCUCGCGAAUGACCUCAAGAGUCGUUUGGACAAGGUGACUGGAGAGCGAGCCGCUAAUAUCGAGGAGCGGCUCAAGAGCAUCAACACGGAAGUUACGCGGCUGUGUUGGUGGGGAUGCAAAGUCUACGAUAUCACGCGCAUGAAUGACGAGGUCGGCUCCUAUCUCUCGUCCAAUGACAGCAAGCAUCGUUUCCUUGCAGGGGCAUCUGACAAGAUGUGGCAACGUGUGGAGCAGCUCGAAUCCGCCGAGAGAUCGAAAUCAUUCGAUGAUGAGUGUGAGAAGAUCAGUGUCAAGCAGCUCAGCUUGAAAUCCCCGGAGUCAAAGGUGCUGCAAUGCAAGCCGUUCACGCGCUUCCUAGUCGAGGUAUCGAAAUACGAUGAGUAUUACCGGGGAAAUCAGUCUAUCAUGAACGCGAGCUCCUUAUCCAAAAUGUUGGGGACUCACGGCGCGCUGCUUGCGACGACAAUGUUGGAAUUGCUGGACCGGAUGAACAAGAUUGUGGCUCGGAUGCCGCCGAAGAGAAAGUUGCCUCCUGCUGAUAAAGUGGAGGCCAUUCUGGAGGAGGAGGAAGACCUCGAGAUGGACAUUGACAAUGAGUUGAAAGACGAAAAGUUGCGCGAAGAACUCGUACGGGAGUACAUGCAAGAUCCUCGACGCGUGGCUGCCAAGAAGGUACAUGUCACCUUCGAUGCGCUGUCCGCAACUCGGGAUGAGAGCCGACGCUUCUGGCGACCCGAGCUCCUUCAGAGGAUCGACGAUAUAUUCAACCGGCAUUUCAAGUCCCAGGGCUUCUACAUCGGAACGCAUGAAAAGAAGUAUAUCGCCUCUCUCCGGAACUACCACGCUGACGUCGAGAAAGCGAUCGACCAAUCAUGGUCGAAUGAUCUCGGGAUGGACGUCGAGGAGGUAAAGAGCCGCCUCGCGUAUCUCUUCCACACAAGGCACGGGAGCAAAUGGCGCCCAUAUCCUCUCCCCACCUUGUCUGUCUUCCGUGCUCUCCACAACUCGCUCAACCGCUUUCCAGUGGUGGUAAAAGCGAUCGCCACUUGGAUCGAACCAAUGGCGCAAAUGCUGUCGGUUGGCUAUCAGAAGGGUGCGAAGUACCUUGACCAAUCUGACAGCAUGCUCGCAGUCGUCGAGAAAGCAUGCUUGAAACCCCAGGCAGCAUUUGAGAUUUCGCGCGCCAUGAGAAACGCUCGGGAGGUGCUCCUCCCUAACCUCCAAAUGCGCCUCGUCGACAUCAACACAGAAUGGCCAGACAAGAGAGGGUUGAUCGCCCUCGAAACAUAUGCUUGGGACGCCAUCAAGAGACGUAGCAAGGUUGCCGGUGAGAAGGGUGAGUAUGCCGCGCCGGAGCACGACAAGGUUGUCAAAGAGAAGUCAUCAUCGAAACAAAAGUACGGAUUGAUUGAGAAGGCGAGAACGAUCCUACACCAGUUGGAAUUGCGUGACAAGCAGCCUGAGGACGAGCUGAUGGCCGUCUUCAAAAUUUUACAUCGGGUGGAAUUGAAACAGAAGGCCGAUCUUCCAUGCAAUCAUCCGGCCCUGGUGGCGCUUUAUGCAUCAAUGAUAGAUCCUUUCAAGACAGAUUAGAAGUCUCGCAGCGGCAAGUUGAAGCUGCUGGAACGAGGAGCAUGGAUGGUGGCAGGUAUGUGGUUCGAAUCGGUGGUGGCGCGCAUGAACGCAGAGCAUUAUGACGAGGACGUCAUGAAUCUGCGCGACUCCAUUCAAGACUCGAUCGCACAGUACAUGCCGACAACCAGGGUAGAGGACCCGGAGACAGGGAAGUCGAGAAAAGUAUCGGACUCUAUCUUCUGGGACGGCAUUACCAGAGAGAAGCUCCAUAUACCGCUCACUCCCGGUUACAAACCUGCGACAGCGAAUGACAU